CAAUCCGCACCGCUUCAGUGGAUAUCCAACAGAGUACAUGUCGGACUACGAAUCGGACGAGGAGUUUGUCCUGCCGCCGGGCUUUGAGGUCGCGACGGGCGGCGCCAUCACCAAGGCCGCCCUCGACGGCGACCGCGAGCUCUGGCUCUUCCGUGUGCCCAAGGACAUGGAUGCGUCGGCGCUGCAUGGCCUCAACAUGAAGCUGCCCAAGGAGAAGAACGGGUCGCUGCACGUGCCCGUGACGGUCAACGGUUCGACCAAGUCGUAUGCGCUGAAGAGCCAGGACCUGAGCUUGUGCCAGCAGUUGGUCAACAUCGUGCCCGACGCGAUCAACAGCAAGACGUUUGUACCCGGGAAGCCGUUCGCGCGGAGCUUCUCUUUGGUUGAAACGAUCGAGAUUCCGACCAAGACGACGGUCGUGGCUACAUCCGCCACCGAGCCGGCCAAGAAGAAGAAGAAGACGGCGACCGCGGAGCCCGUCGUCGUCGACGCCGAGCCCGUCAAGAAGAAGAAGUCGAAGAAGGUCGCUGCCUAGGGCCGUUCGUUUAUCUAGCCGCUAACCCGUAGAAUUAUGAUACUUUUGCAUGUGUAUAUUUCAAUUCCUUUGUCUAAUUCGACUCGUCAAACUGCAC